AUGCUGCACUUGGUACCUUUUGUGGUUCUCAUCGGGGGUGACAAAACCUUGCUGGUGUGGGAGCUGAGCUCUGGAUCCACGGCCGAGGCCUUGCAACAUUCUCUCUUCACAGUCUUCUCCCGGUUUGGCUUUCUGUAUUCUGUCUGAGUCUUCCCAAAUGCAGCAGUGGGUGGUCCUGGGUUCUAUGCCAUCAUCAAGUUUCAUUCAGCAAGGGAUGCCCACAGAGCCCAAAAGGCAUGUGACCAGAAGCAGCUUUUUCACACAUCUCCAGUGAAGAUGGGUCCAAAUGUUCAUCUCGGCACCAGACCUAAGGCGGUUCAACAUAAUACACUUGCACUAAAGAGCUCCAGAUGCCAAGAAUUGGCAAAUUACAACUUUGGUUUCCGUGGGUCGUCAAAAAGGAUCAUCAAGCUUCAGGAUCAUUCUAACCUUGAAGAAAGGGAAAAUACAAAUAUUGUGACACCACUUCAGAAGCAAAGCCUGAAGUUCUUCUGUGCUUUAGAGGUGGUGUUGACCUCCCACGAGUGCAGGAGUCCUGGAGUUGGCAUGGCUGAGGAACCUUUGGAUAAGUUGGAGGAAGGGUCAUUAUCAUUCCUUAUGGGAAGGAAGGUAACCCAGAAGCUUGCUAUUGAGAAAGCUGUAACAGCUGCAUUCCAGAAAUUGCUGAAUGUGGUUUUAGAAAGUGGUAAAACACCUGUGGCAUAUAGACCCUGUGAAGAUGUCACAGAUGCUAGAACCGAAGAGGAACUACAGGAUUUAAUUCAAGUCAGCUACUUUUCAUGUCAGCCGUGUGGCCAAAGGGAGGAAGAAUGUCUCUCAGACUUCAGCUUUGUGGAGGAAGAGUUCAGAUUGCCAGAACUGGACUAGCACUUUUGAAUUUCCCAGAAUGCCAGGUUUUUCGUUUCCACGGGAAGCUCUGCAUCCUUCCCAACCCCCUCCACCCCUGGGCUGCUGGAGUUUGGGGCCACUCGGGUCUGCAGCCUAAAUCCUGCCUCAUUGUUUGGGGCCAGGGUGGGCAGGGCGGGGUUGGGAAGAGGGCCGGCAGGAGGUAAUUGUUGCCUUUGCAAGGGGAAGGAUGGCUUGUGUCCUGGGGACUCUGGGAAAAAGGCCCAUUCUGGUGGCGUGGAUUGGAUCUCCACACGAGCCUAAUAACUGUGGCGCAACUAAAGAUGUCAUAAAUAACGGAUGGGACGUUAUGCGGGGCCGGGGCGCGCGGUUGCUAACGUGAGCCCUCGCAUCGGGGUGCUGGCAUAGAAGUUCGGUUUGGCUCUGAAGGAGGAUGUGGCUCCGGCUCCUCACUGGCCUGGGUCGCUGCGCCUGGGAGCCGCCGCAUGUUAUGUCGCGGCUGCGCCUCUGUGUCGUGCCUGCGCUCCACGGCUCUUCCUCACAUGGCAAGGACGAUGGCUUCUAGUCCAGGCAGUUCAGCCUCCGGAGUGGGCCAUGGGCCCCAUCCAGGUGACCCCCAACCCCCCGCGGCUGACAGAGGCUUUGUAUUCACACACCUCAGAACCCCUCCCAAAUUGCCCCAUGCCCCUUACAUCCCUGGCAGAAGCCGGGGGCUUUAAUUACUUGACGUCCUUGUCUCCAUUCCAGAUGUUGGCCCCGCCUCAUCAGGAGUUGACUGAGACUGAGGUUCCAUACCCGGAAACGGAUUCGGUUGGAGAGAUGCCUACAGGGCCAGAUCAGUUUGCUGUUCCACGUGAGGAUCUGAAUAACAAGCAAACCCAACAUCAAAAGUUCCCAGAGGCAGUUCCAGUGCAAGAGCUCCCAGAGGCAGUUCCAGUUCUAGACUGGGAUAGAAUUAGCCCUUGUUUCUGCCUUCUGGACACAAAAGUAAGACUAAAGACACAGGUAUGGAUCAGGCUGAAGCUCACCAAUCGUUUGAAAUACUUGUUCCACCUCUAGGUAGUAAGAGCUCAAAACCAAUGAAGUUUAUGGUUUCAUCCCCAAACCUGAAGAAAGAUCUAAUUCAACAUCAACGGCAUGCCAAAGUUGUUGUUGGAACUACAGGCCAAUUUCAAAAAAAAACACUCAGGGUCUAGAACAACAGUUGCAGGGUCAUUAUUUAGAUCCCAGUAUGUAUGCCAUUUAACCUGAGGAGAGCAUACCUAGGGAUUUUUCUGGGAGCCCAGAUUAAACUAUGGAGCCCCCAGAGGAAGCUGAAACUUCUCCAUCCCAGCAGGAGGCCCAACCUCCUCAUCCAGAGCUCACUGAGGAGGCUGAAACUUUACCCCCACAGGAGCCCCCUGCUCAGCAUCCACAAAGCCCUGAGCAGGCUGAAUCUUUUUCAAUCUUUCAGUCUUCUAAACUUCUGCGGCUUUUCCUGGGCUUUAAAGAAGACUCCAAUCUACCUGGUGAAACCUGUUUGCUGCAAUUCUGCCUUGGUUUCAACUCCUCUUCGUUGCCUUACCUCAAUAUAUUUUUCGACGAAAGUUGUCCUUUUUAACUCUGCAGGUUUGUGAACUGCAGUGCCCCUGAGCUCCAUUUUUCAACUCGCUCUUUUGUGAACUGACCGCAAAACCGCAGGAUUGCUUCAGGCCCUAUUCUGGUUCCGGGGCGGCAGGCUGAGGCUUUGGUUAAUUCUUCCUCCUGAUGGGAAAUUAGAGGUGCAUGUGCCCGUCCAAACACCUACAGCUGUUCUCUCACUGGUUCCUCGUCAUCCCGUUCAUCCUCCGCACUGAUUGCAGACUGUGCGAAACAGGAGGUUUAAGGCGCUGACUCUCCAAAUGGGGAGAUUGUUAGUAAAGCGGCUGGAAUGGCGAACCCGAGCACCAGGAGAGGAAAAGUGAGGUUUGUGAACUGCAGUGCCCCUGAGCUCCAUUUUUCAACUCGCUCUUUUGUGAACUGACCGCAAAACCGCAGGAUUGCUUCAGGCCCUAUUCUGGUUCCGGGGCGGCAGGCUGAGGCUUUGGUUAAUUCUUCCUCCUGAUGGGAAAUUAGAGGUGCAUGUGCCCGUCCAAACACCUACAGCUGUUCUCUCACUGGUUCCUCGUCAUCCCGUUCAUCCUCCGCACUGAUUGCAGACUGUGCGAAACAGGAGGUUUAAGGCGCUGACUCUCCAAAUGGGGAGAUUGUUAGUAAAGCGGCUGGAAUGGCGAACCCGAGCACCAGGAGAGGAAAAGUGAGGUUGUAUUAUUACAUAGAAUGAUGGAGAGAAUGCAACAUCUAUAGAUUACUGUAUACAGAGCUGUGGAGAAGAUGCGGUUGCCCUGGGUGAUGUCAAUCUGCAUGACUCCAGCCCCAAGGUUUCUGAAUAUGGACUGUUUAGCGUGUUCAUUUUUAAAUGAAUGAAGUAGGCCAUGGCCUGUCAACCUCCAAACCUAGUUUAAAGAAAAAGUGAAAACAUAAAGUGUAAGUCAUUUAAAAAAUAGAUAAAGAGACGAAAAACUUUUAAAAACGUGGCCUUCACCUCUGUUCUCCCAGCCCAACUGAUCUCAUUAAAGCCCAACUUUCCUGUCCACUACCUCUUUUCUAACAGUUUACCUAAUUGGAAAUAAUACCAUUCACAGGGCUCAUUUACCAUCCUUACACUUCCCUGUACCUUCUUUCAAAUUCCUCUCUUCACAUCCUCUUGUUUCAUAUUAACCAUAUAUACCUCAUCUCUAAUUCAAUUAAAUAUUUCAGUUAAUUCAGUUAAAUACAUUCCUAACGCUAAGUUAGGUCCUGGGACAAUAUAAAAGGCUUCUUUGGAGACCUCAACUGUACAAAACAGAGUCAGGUACUGGAGG